AUGGAUAACUAUUACAAAUGCUCUGAAGACUUGAAAGAACAAGCAAGUGAAAUAAAAUUAAAAUGCAGCGAAGCUGAUGUAGGUAUUAAAACUGAGCAGGCUGACUUUGAAAAAUAUCAGCUUUCAAUAACCUAUGAAAAUUCAGAUAUUGUGAACACAGCCAGCGUUUUUGAUGACAGUCAUGCUUACUUCAACUCAAGUGAAGUGACAAACACCAAGGAGAACUAUGAAAUAUUUGCAGUUCAGUGUCCUGCAUCAAGCAAUGCAGACAGUGUAAAAGCUGGAAACUGCGAGAGAGAUUUAGCACCAAGGACUGCCAUUAGAACUUAUCUAGAGGAAGUAGAUGUUUCAGGGGUGAUACCCGCUCAUAGUUGGUGUGCAGAUGUAGACAGUGUGAACGCUGUGCUUGAAAAUCAUGGUUUAGACUCAAGCUGCAAAAAUGAAGUAGUAGAAUCAUAUCAUAUGCUAGAAGAUAAAUCUGUAGCUAAAAUCAUUCCUCACUUUUCUGCUGGGGAAGCAGAAAACAGUGUAUAUCCAGUAGUCUUUGGAACAACUGAAAAAAUAGCAAUUUCAGAAGCAACUGAAACAAAAAUCAAUAAACCGGUACCUCUUGUCCAUAUUACACUAUCUGAACAUGAGCCACGUAGAGCACCACAGAUUGCCAAAUGUCCCACCAGAAAAAAGGAAGUCAUCCAUAGCAUGCCUCCUAAUAUGAGUCACAGCUUCAGCAUACUUGCUUACAAAGAAAAUGACAAUAAAAUAAAAACUAAUAGAAAUAGAUCUGCUUCAAAGACUAAAAUGAGUAGCGAAGUACCUCAAGAUUUCUCUGUUUCUGAUGAGCGUUCCACAAAAUGUAACACACACAAUACCAACAUCAAGAACCAGAUUUUCCCUUCUGUAGGACUGUCUCAUGUGGAAUCUGAGGCUUCCUCAAAGCUUCAGAAAAAAAGACCUCAGAUGAAGAAACACCAUGUUCUUCAGAGUGCUCAGAAAUCUAAAAAGCAAGCAUUUCCUUAUAUCUGUAAAAGUUCAAGCAGCUUAAAGAAACAUGUUACUCCACUUUCUGUUCCACGAACACAGUCUGCUUCAGAUUUCUUGAAUUUGAAAUAUAGUGACAUGUUCAAGGAAAUAAAUUCAAAUGACAAAGGCCCAGGGAUUUAUGAAAUGUUUGGGACUCCUGUAUAUUCCCAAGUGCGUGGACUUGGUCAACAUGAAAGCAGAUUUUACAGGGAAGUUUGUUCUGCUCCACCUGGGAGAUACGCAGCUAAUAAACGUAAAUCUACCUGCACUGUUGAGAGAGACAGCAGCAGAAUAAGAAGCACCCAGAAAAGAACACGUUCUAAACCCAAGAACACAAUUGGCAUUAAACAAAAGCACAAAGACUUAACACCAGAAGAGAGAAGUUCUGAGUUAAGAGAUAGCAACACGGAGCUGGAAGAUGAUGUAAUAAUUUCUGGUCCAGAUUGGCACAUAAAAACUUCAAGGAGCAAGCCAUUGUUUAACGAAGAUGAAGGUCAACAGUUUCUGGUUUUGAAAGAGUUUUCACAAUUCACUAAACAAAAUGAAAUCAUUCCAAAUUCAAACUUGUCAACUAUUAAAGAAGUCCCUUUGGAGCAGUCUUCAGAUAAUAGAGAUAUAGUUAACAAUCAGAUACUUGCAACCAAUGUCCACAAUUUUCGGCAGGUUGAUGAUAAACAUCAUGCAGAAUGUGUUGCUUUAGUGAGCAGUUUACUAAAGACAGAUCAGAAUAACAAGUGUGUAGUCCAAGGAAGAGUGGAUAUGGAUGACUCCAUGAAUCUGGAAGCAAACCAGACCUUCUGCAAAUCUAUAGAUAAAUAUGAAGCACUGUUUGCAUUGUCUUUUCCAGACACAGCAGACUGUGUAUCUUCUCAAAGAAAACUAGAUCAGAGUUGGACACACACGUCUGAAAAUUGUAAUUCAGAAAAUGCAUCAACUCAGCAUCCAACAAACCAGACUUUAAAUGCUGCAAGCCCAGUUUUCCAGACUUAUCAAAACAUUCUGGACUAUGCAGAUAAUGAAGAACUGACUGAUGAGUUGCUUUGUUGCCUGGCGGCAGAGCUGCUAGCACUUGAUGAAAAAGAUACUGCCUCUUCCAGAAUACCUACAAAGAAUACAGGUUCUAAAACACAAAAUGUAUUUGCUAAAGAAGAAAGAGGCAGUGUGAAUGAAGAUGGCAAAGUAGUAGCAAGUGCAGAGGAACAGCAGAGUUACAGUAAAGCGUUCCUGGCACCAAAGAGGGAAAGUGACUUGUUGAACUUCAAUGAAUCUACAGCAUUUCCAGAAAGCAGUCUAGGUAAUAAGGCUCCUAUCACAUGGACUAGAGGUGAAAUCCUUGGAAAGGGAGCCUAUGGCACUGUGUACUGUGGUCUGACAAGCCAGGGACAAUUAAUAGCAGUGAAACAAGUUUCUUUGGAUACCUCAGAUAAAGUCACUACAGAAAAGGAGUAUCAGAAGUUGCAAGAAGAAGUUGACCUGUUGAAAACACUAAAGCAUAUCAACAUUGUAACCUAUUUAGGAACAUGUUUAAAAGAUAACAUUGUAAGCAUUUUCAUGGAGUUUGUUCCUGGUGGCUCAAUUUCCAGUAUUAUUAAUCGUUUUGGGCCAUUGCCAGAAAUUGUCUUUUGUAAAUAUACAAAACAAAUUCUACAAGGGGUUGCAUAUUUACAUAAAAACUGUGUGGUACACAGAGAUAUCAAAGGCAAUAAUGUUAUGCUUAUGCCAAAUGGUGUAAUAAAGCUGAUUGACUUUGGAUGUGCAAAGCGUUUAGCAUGGGUAAGCCUGAGUGGCACACACAGUGAAAUGCUCAAGUCUGUGCAUGGGACUCCAUACUGGAUGGCACCAGAAGUAAUAAAUGAAUCUGGAUAUGGAAGGAAAUCAGACAUCUGGAGCAUUGGAUGCACUGUAUUUGAGAUGGCAAUGGGUAAACCACCUCUGGCUUCCAUGGAUAGGCUAGCAGCUAUGUUUUACAUUGGAGCCCAUAGAGGACUGAUGCCUUCUUUACCUGACCAUUUCUCAGGAAAAGCAGCGGACUUUGUCCAUGUGUGCUUAACCAGAAAUCAACAUGAGCGUCCGUCUGCUCUACAACUGCUGCAGCAUCCCUUCAUGAAGGGAAGACAAUGA